GGCUCUCUAGCGCGUCGGACGGCGGGCGAGGAAGGAGCGACUCUAUGGUUCUCCUGCAGGGCGCCAGGGGGGGAAUGGCCGCUGCCCUUCCGCUGCGCAGCUGAGUUCCCCCACCGUCGACGGCCGAAAUCCGGCGAUUUGAAAAUAGAAUUCGCAUUUCCAGAAAGUCUGCUCCAUUUCAAAAACUUCAUUUGACUGUUUGACACACAGAGCAGAACAUAAGGGUAAUCCAGUAGGAAAAAUGGGUCGCUCUAACUCCAGGUCACAUUCGUCAAGAUCCAAGUCCAGAUCACAGUCAAGUUCCAGGUCAAGAUCUAGGUCACAUUCGAGAAAGAAGAGAUACAGUUCCAGGUCUCGUUCCAGAACGUACUCUCGAUCUCGCAGUAGAGAUCGCGUUUAUUCAAGAGAUUACCGCCGGGAUUACAGAAAUAACCGAGGAAUGAGGCGCCCCUAUGGGUACCGAGGAAGGGGGAGAGGAUAUUAUCAAGGAGGCGGCGGUAGAUAUCACCGAGGUGGCUAUCGGCCGGUCUGGAACAGAAGACACUCUCGGAGCCCGAGGAGGGGUCGCUCCCGUUCCAGAAGCCCGAAGCGAAGGUCCGUGUCCUCCCAGAGGUCCAGGAGCAGAUCACGCCGCUCGUACAGAUCGUCCAGGUCGCCGAGAUCCUCUUCGUCUCGCUCUUCGUCUCCCUAUAGCAAAUCGCCGGUCUCCAAAAGACGAGGGUCCCUGGAAAAGCAGGCCAAAAAGACUGAGGGGGCUCCCCCACAAGACAGCCCUCUCAAAAGCAAAUCACAGGAUGAACAGAAAGAUACUUUUGAACAUGACCCAUCCGAGUCUCUCGAUGACUUUAAUAAAUCAUCGGCCGCCUCCGGUGACAUUUGGCCUGGCCUGUCGGCCUACGACAAUAGUCCCAGAUCACCCCACAGUCCUUCUAUCGCCACACCGCCUAGCCAGAGUUCCUCCUGCUCCGACGCGCCUUUACUCAGCACGGUUCACUCGGCAAAAAAUACUCCUUCUCAACACUCACAUUCCAUCCAGCAUAGCCCCGAGAGGUCUGGCUCUGGAUCUCUGGGAAAUGGUUCUAGUCGCUACAGCCCUUCUCAGAAUAGCCCGAUCCACCACAUCCCUUCGAGGCGAAGCCCUGCAAAAACAGUCCCGUCCCAGAACGUUCCACGCGAAGAGGCUCGAAUGCGGUCCUCGUUUUAUCCUGAUGCUGGGGAUCAGGAAACUGCCAAGACUGGAAAGUUCCUAAAAAGGUACACAGAUGAAGAGUCUAGAGUAUACCUGCUUGAUAGGGGUAAUACCAGGGAGAAAGAGGCCCAGAAGGAGAGAGGAUCGGAGAAAGGGAGGGCGGAGGGAGAGUGGGAAGAUCAGGAACCUUUAGACUAUUUCAGUGAUAAAGAGGCUGGCAAGCGAAAGUUUAAUGAUUCAGAAGGGGAUGACACAGAGGAGACAGAGGAUUAUAGACAGUUCAGGAAGUCAGUCCUGGCAGAUCAGGGUAAAAAUUUUGCUACUGCAUCUCACCGGAAUGCUGAGGAGGAAGGAACCAAGUACAAAUCUAAAAUUUCACUGAAGGGCACUAGAGAAAGUGAAGGAUUUAGAGAAGAGAAAAGUUAUAAACUUAAAGAGACUGGCUAUGUAGUGGAAAAGCCUAGUACCGCAAAAGAUAAGCACAAGGAAGACGACAAAAGUUCUGAGAGAAUAAUGGUGAAGAAAGAAACUCAGUCACCUGAGCAGGUAAAGUCUGAAAAGCUCAAAGAACUCUUUGAUUACAGUCCCCCUCUACACAAGAAUCUGGAUGCGAGAGAAAAGUCCACCUUCAGAGAGGAGAGCCCACUUAGGAUCAAAAUGAUAGCCAGUGAUUCCCACCGUCCUGAAGUCAAACUCAAAAUGGCACCCGUUCCUCUUGAUGAUUCCAAUAGACCUGCUUCCUUGACUAAAGACAGGCUGCUUGCUAGUACACUUGUCCAUUCUGUCAAGAAGGAGCAAGAGUUCCGAUCCAUCUUUGACCACAUUAAGCUGCCACAGGCCAACAAAAGCACUUCAGAGUCAUUUAUUCAGCAUAUUGUGUCCUUGGUUCAUCACGUCAAAGAGCAAUACUUCAAGUCUCCCGGAACGACCCUAAAUGAGAGGUUCACUGCGUAUCAGAAAGCCACAGAAGAACAUAGCACCCGGCAAAAAAGUCCUGAGAUACACAGGAGAAUUGACAUCUCUCCAAGUACCCUGAGGAAGCACACCCGUUUAGCAGGGGAAGAGAGAGUAUUUAAGGAAGAAAGCCAAAAGGGAGAAAAAAAAUUAAGGUGCGACUCCGCUGACCUUCGGCAUGACAUUGAUCGUCGGAGAAAAGAAAGAAGUAAAGAGCGAGGGGAUUCCAAGGGCUCCAGGGAAUCCAGUGGGUCAAGAAAGCAGGAGAAAACGCCAAAAGAUUUCAAAGAAUACAAAUCUUACAAAGACGACAGUAAGCAUAAAAGCAGAGAGCAAGACCGUUCUCGAUCAUCAUCCUCAACUUCCUCUUCCUCUGCCAGUUCUCGAGAAGACAAAGACAGUAAGAAAGAAAGAGAAGAAGAGUUUAAAGCCCACCACGAGCAGAAAGAAUACUCAGGCUUUGCGGGAGUCAGCAGACCUCGAGGAACUUUCUUCCGAAUUAGAGGCAGAGGAAGAGCCAGAGGAGUCUUUGCGGGGACAAAUACCGGCCCAAACAACUCAAAUACCACUUUCCAAAAGAGACCGAAGGAAGAGGAAUGGGAUCCUGAGUACACCCCAAAGAGCAAGAAGUACUUCUUGCAUGACGACAGAGAUGACGGUGUGGAUUACUGGGCUAAAAGAGGAAGAGGUCGAGGUACUUUCCAGCGUGGCAGAGGGCGAUUUAACUUCAAAAAAUCAGGUAGCAGUCCAAAAUGGACACAUGACAAAUACCAAGGGGACGGGAUCGUCGAAGACGAAGAGGAGACCAUGGAGAAUAACGAAGAAAAGAAGGAAAGACGCAAAGAAGAAAAGGUAGAAAAUUCAGACUUGUCAGUGAAUUGAAGAACAGCUUUCCUCCCAUAUGGGUCACGUUAAAGGCCGUGAAAAUGUCGAUAAAGAAAAUUAAUGUUAAAAGCAGAGCUCGCUGUGACUCAGAUGUGGCUUGUACAUACUUUUCCUAGGUCCGUGUUAAUCUUUUACUUUCUGUUUGUUUUUACAGGAAUAGUAAGUCUGAAAUAAGAUUGCAACUCAAAGAGCAGAACUUGCACCUACCAUUUUUUUUACGUGACUUUUUUUUUGUUUUCAAACAGAAUGUAUGCAUUUUACUUAAAUUUUACUGUUUGCAAGUAGUCUAUAGACUUUUUGUUUUAAGUCUUUAAAUAUCUUGAUGAUUAGUAGACUGUAUGUUGAGGAUUGUACCGAAACAGUAGGAAGUUGCUACGUACCAUAUUUGUAACUCGACUUUUAAAAAAACAAAAGAUCUUUUACUGUUUUUGUUAUAUGCAUUGUAAUUCUGCUUUGUCUAUAAGAUAUGGUCAAGUACAACUCUGUGAAAGUUCUGAUUCCUCCCUCUCCCCUUCGUUUGUUGAUGUUUUAUUCUGAAGUAAACUUUAGCUCUAAAGAGAAACAAAUCCCUGAACAAAAUUGUUUAUACAGUGCACUAAUUUUAACAGUACACCUCUAAUUAUUUUAACUCUAUACAUCUUAGUGGUUUCCGUAGGUAGAGCACAUUUCGCUGUAGGGUGACUACUCUUCGAUGCGUACUACUGAGCAAGUAGGGCCAGUGGGGGCAGCCAAGCAAGUGCAGCUUCGACGGGGGAUCCGUCUGAAAGGGAAUCCCGGAUUUGCACAGCCUUAAGCGGUGGAGAAGUACGAGGAGCACUUCCCACCGGGACGGGGGCUGCUAUGCUAAUGAGAAGUACGGGCAACUCAACAGCCGUUCCCGGUUUUUUAUUUUU